AUGGCAACUCCAACAAAGGAAACCACAAGUUAUACACCAGAAGAUAUAGAAGCUGCGUACAUAUUACUACAACUUAGCCGAGAUUAUCGAGAACAGGCACAAGAAGAAGAAGAAGAAGACGCUAUAAAAGAUGAGGUUCCUUCGAUUCCAAUAGUACAACAAGUAAGUCAAACUACUCGAAAACUGUGUACGAAUAGAAAAACUCUUGAAAAAAAGCAAAAGACGACGAUCAAUAAAAAGUCGAAGAAGAUUAAAAAAAAAUAUACGAGUAGAAAAUUUGUGGAGAAAGACGAUUCCGAAGAAACCAGGAAUAGACUCAUGGCAUGGAACCAAACUGAGCUCGACCCGGGAGAGAUAUUCCGCGUUGCUGACGUGGCGGAAUGGUUAGGCAAACCGAUAAAGAAGCAGAUGAGUGAGAGCGACGUGAAGGUCGGUCAAAACAGGCUCAUGUUAGGGAAGGAGAAAGUGAAGAAGUGGCUGUUUCCUCGUCUGAAAAAGACUGAGAUUCCGAGCGGGACGAGAUGGCUUGAUGUUUCGGUGUACGGACCAGACGGGAAUGCUCGAGAGAUGAAGUUCAAGAUGUGGAGUGUGGACACGCCUGUCUUGUCUUCGGGAUGGAGGGAAUUCUUUACGGAUUAUGGUUUCCAGAUGCAUUGCGAUAUUCUCACCAUUAGGAUGUUUAGGCACUUGAUAACUCGCAAGAUUUGCUUCGCUAUUCACAAGACUAGGUUUCCUUCUAUAACGAAACCUCUGAGUGAUAGGAUCGUCAAGGAUGUCUUCCCGAAUCCAACUUAG